CCCGCUCGAAUAUGACUCUCGCCAUUACCCUCUUUCGUCUUCUGUUUGCUUCGUUAUUCAUCGACAGACUAUUUGCGCAAGACCCAGCAUGGACCUCCUCCCCUUUCAGCGCUCCUGCCCUUCCACUUGCUGUCCGCAGUCCCUACUUAAAUACCUGGCUUGGUCAAGGAGGCAACGCGCUACCUCUCCACGCGUUCUGGACUAAGCUUUGGAGAAUGGACAUUGAUACAGGCUGGUACAGCCUUGUCGUGGUUGAUGGGGUAGCCUACCGAAUAAUGGGAGAAAUGGGCGUACCGAGCAUUUCACCAGCUACACAGACGUCUACUGAAUUUACAGCGACGCGAACGUCCUUCCUCUUCAUGGCUGGACCCAUGCGAAUCAAUGCGUCCUUCAUAAGUCCUAUCGAGCCAACAGACCUGGUUCGCCAGUCUCUACCCUACUCAUACUUCACAAUGUCCGCAUCGUCAACCGACGGAAAAUCACACAGUGUACGCAUGUAUUCGGAUAUUGCAGGUCAAUUCAUUGGACCAUCUAACCAACUUGCUCAAUGGAACGCGAAUGCCACUGGAGAUUACAUCAUACUUUCCAUGCAGCUCGUCACUCCGCAGAGAUACUCGGAAUCUUCAGACAUCGCAAUGGAUUCGACGGCGUAUUAUGGAUUUAAGGCAAUCAGUGGAGCAACGACUUCAUGGGCAAUCUCAAACGAUACUUUAAAUCGAAGUAAUGCGGCAAACGCUAAUAUUACUCUCGGGAAUAUGACGCAGCCCGCUCCCCGUUCAAUCCAAGACAAACUUGGAAACUGGACCACGCUGGGCAUUUCAAUAGACUGGGGUGAAGUCGAGUCGACGCCUCAACCUGCCGUCUGGAGUCUGGGUGUCGUCCGAAGCCCUUCAAUACAGUAUGCUGUACCACCAAGCAUGCAGGAUCGGUAUCCAUAUUUCAUUGCUACAUACCCAGAUCCUCAACAGGCAACCGCAGCAUUCCUCAAUGAUUUCCCUCGUGCGCAGUCUGUUGCAGCUCAGUUCGACGCACGAAUAUCUUCAGCAGGGCGAACAAUCUCUCAAAGCUACGCUGAUUUGCUUGCUCUGAGCGCCCGUCAAGUAAUGGGCUCGUUGGACAUUACGAUCUCCAAGGCUGCAGAUGGAAGUUGGAAAAUGUGGGAUCUGAUGGUGUUCAUGAAGAAUAUGGGCGGCUUCGGCUCAGACGCCACUGGACCCGUAUCAAGUGUAAAUGCUGUGGACACCUUGUAUGCGGCGUUUCCCGCAUUCAUGUACCUCAACCCAGACCUCGGUGGAUACCUGCUCACGCCGCUCAUGGAAUACCAGGACUCAAGUGUAUACACCCUUAGUUACGCUGCAAGGAACAUCGGCUCGACAUAUCCAAAUGCUACGGCAGACAAUAUCAAUUCCCCCCAUACUUAUGGAAUUGAAGAGUCCGCAGGCAUGCUAAUCAUGACAUUGGCCUACACACAGUGGUCAGGGAACAACACGCUCAUCAGCAAGCAUUACGGCUUGCUUCGUGGUUGGGCAGAGUACCUCGGAAAUAACACUUUAACACCGACAGCACAGAGUUCUGCAGACUUCGUUCUGGGACAAGCCUUAUCAAGUAGUAAUCAGACGAACUUGGCCUUGAAGGGCAUCAUUGGCAUCGCGUGUAUGGCGAAGAUUGCAGCAAUUGCAGGUUCAAACGACGACCAAAGCCGGUUCGACGCUACUGCUUCGUCAUACAUCACCCAAUGGCAGAAAAAUUCUCUUCCGUCGGACGGUUCACACAUUGAUUUCUUUUAUGGAAACUCGGAUUCGAGCGGCCUAAUCUAUAACCUAUACGCAGACAGGCUUCUACAACUUAAUCUUGUCCCCCAAGAAGUUUAUCAAGCCGUAACUUCAUUUUACAACACUGCCGGAGAUUCCAUGAAGUACGGUCUACCGUUGAAUAACAAGCAAGUAGAUCGGACAACUACACACUGGAUGAUGUUCGCCGCUUCAACUGCGACGGAUACUACUGGGACCUUUAUGGUCUCGCAAAUCCAUAACUACGCAUCCUCGCAGCAAAACAACACGCCCUUCGCAGUGUCGUACAAUCCUUCACUCGGAAACGGGGUAUCUGAACCGAAUUCUGGGAAAAACAGGUAUUGUAAUAUUCUCUUGAACUCUUACAUUAUUCAUUAACUGUAACAUUUACAUUGAUAGUCCGGCUUGCGGUGCAAUGUUCUCGUUCCUUGUGAUAAACGGAACGAGCUUUUCUUCCUCCGGACCGUCUGCAUCCGCAUCCUCCCAGUCAUCAAAGUCAAGAGUCGGCAAAAUAGUCGGAGGCACCAUUGGUGGCAUCGCCGCAGUCAUACUCAUCGUAAUUGGCGGAUACUUAUUUAGGAAACACCGGCAGAGACAAAGUCGAACUAUGCGAGACGAUUCGUCCGUAAUACCUUGGUACUCACCUGCCUCCGUAACAUUCCCAGAGCCGUCCAAUGUCACCAGAACGGACCGGUACUAUCGCGAACGGUACGCCUCAGCUUACGGUGGUAGUGCCCUGAGUGGCAGUGGCACCGGCAGUGGUGGCGAAAAGGUAUCUCAAGUGGGGAGCACAGAUUAUAUGUUGCCCAGCGAGCUAUCACAAUCAUAUGCUACUACUGCUGGUCGGAGCGUACGCAUCAGGGCUCUUUUGGAUGCGACGAGCGGUGAUCGAGAACGGUUGCGAGCGGAUGUUGACGACAUAAGACGAGAUCUCGACCGACUGAGAGCCAACCUUUCACCAACGCUUCCUUCUUAUUCA